GGACUUCCUGGUUAGCCCCUUUAUCUGCUAGCUUCACGGCCAACUUGCCCUCUUUCCUCUGGCCACAGAAGACAAACGGAGUGAGGUGGUCACUGCAAGAUGAGCUUCAAGUGCCAGUCCCUCGUCUCAACCCAGACCCUGGUAGGGGCAUCCAGCACCAUUCAGUUCUUCUUCUCUGAGGCACUCAUGGGUCAGAACUUCCAGGAGGUGGACUUAGAAAACUACGAGCCUCAGCCUGGAGACCUGUUCCUGUUCAAGUUGCAGUCCCCUAAGGCACAGUGGUGGGGGGCCCACGUGGGUGUUUACUGCGGCCAAGGAGAGAUCAUACACUUUGAGGGCAGGACCUCCAACCACAGUGGAGUACAAACGUUUCUGGGUUACUGUGAGGGUGUCGUGUGUAAACAGGGGCACAGAGCUCUGCAGCGCUCCCGACAGCUCUGGCGUGUGCUACGCAGGCGCGGUGGCAUUGACCCUAGGGUGCUGGAGAGCCGCGUGCGAGAAGCUAUGAACAACGAUCCUCCUCCCUACCAUCCCACUAGCAGCAACUGUGUGCACUUUGCACUGAACCUGUUGGGCAUGGACUCAAUGUCAAUGGACAGGAACCUAACCAGUGAUUAAUGUGACCCUGGGUCCUCCUGAAUGGGCCAGAAGAGGUUUCAGAAAGGAUCAUUAAAGUAUUUUCCCAAACG